UUUUGUCGGAUCUCCAUAACGCAGGGCGGGCUGUUUUUGCUUUGACGCCUGCGCACAAAAAAAGCCCUUAGACGGCGGCUGGUUAAAACUGAUUCUAUAGGUUCCCUAGUACUUUAACUUUAAAAUAAAUAGUAAAAGUAAUUGCAAUUGCCACAGUAAAAAGCAUAAGAAAGAAUAGGAUCCGGUUUAUUCUUCAUAUCAGCAGCUAUAAUGGCGAACAAAGAAGUGUAUGAUGACGCAGUUGAAGAGCGUGUAAUUAAUGAAGAGUACAAAAUCUGGAAAAAGAACACACCAUUUCUAUAUGAUUUGGUUAUGACACAUGCACUUGAGUGGCCCAGCCUCACUGUCCAAUGGCUUCCUGAUGUUACUAGGCCAGAAGGAAAGGAUUAUACCAUCCAUAGACUUGUGUUGGGAACGCAUACAUCUGAUGAACAGAACCAUUUGGUCAUAUCCAGAGUACAGAUUCCAAACGAUGAUGCUCAGUUUGAUGCUUCACAUUACGACACCGAGAAAGGCGAAUUUGGAGGUUUUGGGUCAGUGAGUGGAAAAAUUGAAACAGAAAUCAAAAUAAACCAUGAAGGUGAGGUAAACCGGGCUCGUUACAUGCCACAGAAUCCUUGCAUCAUUGGCACGAAAACUCCUACUGCAGAUGUACUAGUGUUUGAUUAUACAAAACACCCUUCUAAACCAGAUCCAAGUGGGGAUUGCAGUCCAGAUCUUAGACUCAGAGGCCAUCAGAAAGAAGGCUAUGGCUUGUCCUGGAAUCCAAACCUAAGUGGACAUAUUCUUAGUGCUUCUGAUGAUCACACCAUCUGUCUCUGGGAUAUAAGUGCAGGCCCCAAAGAAGGUAGAGUUGUUGAUGCCAAAGCAAUUUUCACUGGGCACUCUGCUGUUGUUGAAGAUGUUGCUUGGCAUCUACUUCAUGAAUCGUUGUUUGGAUCUGUUGCUGAUGACCAGAAGUUGAUGAUUUGGGACACAAGAUCAAACACUACCUCCAAACCAAGUCAUUCAGUCGAUGCUCACACAGCCGAAGUCAACUGCUUAUCAUUCAAUCCUUACAGUGAGUUUAUAUUAGCAAGUGGGUCUGCAGACAAAACUGUGGCUCUGUGGGAUUUGCGAAACUUGAAAUUAAAACUCCAUUCAUUUGAGUCGCACAAGGAUGAAAUCUUCCAAGUUCAAUGGUCUCCGCAUAAUGAAACCAUUUUAGCAUCAAGUGGCACUGACCGCAGGCUAAAUGUGUGGGACUUGAGUAAAAUAGGAGAGGAACAAUCUGCAGAAGAUGCUGAAGAUGGGCCACCUGAGUUACUGUUUAUUCAUGGAGGACACACAGCCAAAAUUUCAGACUUCAGCUGGAAUCCAAAUGAGCCCUGGGUGAUCUGUUCAGUUUCAGAGGACAACAUAAUGCAAGUGUGGCAAAUGGCUGAGAAUAUUUACAAUGAUGAAGAACCAGACAUCCCAGCCUCUGAACUAGAAGGUCCAGGAUCUUAAAACCCACUGCUAUUGGAAAUGUGCACUCAAAUGAAUCUUUUUGUUAAUGAUUGUCAAACGUUUGUAGAUUUUUUCAUUUGUGCUUUAUAUUGACAGCGUUUUCAAACAUGUUGCCUAAUGAAGGCUUGCUUGUCAAGCAGGGGAAUAAAACUCUUGUACAGACAACUGGUGGAAUUUUAUGGGAUGGAAGUAGAAGUCACAAAUUCAGAUGUGCAAAAUGUUUGUCCUGAAAUGUAUAUAUUUUUGACUUGGUCAAUGGGUGUAACUUUCUGUCUUUUACCCUUUUAUUCUUAAAUCUGACCUGAUCAUCUGUAACACAAGCUAUUUUAUGACCUUUAAAUAUACAAAGAAAAACUAGUAUACCAAAUGGCUUAUUUGUUAAUUGCAUAAUGAAUUGUAAAUGCUUUGCACACUUUUUGAAACUUGUAAAAAUGUCUUACUAUGUACAGUUAAACCUGCAAAAAAAGUGUAACAUAGUGAGCUAAUAAAAUGUUUUGGUAAAAAAAAAUAUAUAAAAUAAACUACAACUUGAGUGUCUAAUAA